AUGGUCGACGAGAACAAAUACUCAUGUUCCGCCUCCAGUGACAAGAAGAGUGCGCAGCACUUCACACUCGUCCAUCGGCCUCAGAAUGAUCCUCUGAUCAACGACGAGAAUGCACCGUCCAUGGUGUUCAACCCGACCCCUCAGCGCGGCGAGACCUCUACAUCCGCGCGAUCGAAGACUAAGCACCUUGAUGACCUGGCCUCAGAAUUCGGUUCCGAUAUUUCGGGCAUCCGUCAGAACGAGGGUGAGGCCGCCGAAUACGGCAUCUACUACGAUGACUCCGAGUACGACUACAUGCAGCACAUGCGCGACCUGAACACGGGCGCUGGCGAGGCCGUGUGGGUCGAGGCCGAGGCGCCUAAGAACCAGGGCAAGGGAAAGCAGACCCAGUCACUCGAGGACGCGAUCCGCGGGCUAGAUGUCAAGGACGACCCCAGCUCGCUUGGUGACGAUGCCCGCUUUGCGCAGGGUCUUCCCAAGGCCAACUACCAGUCUCAGCAAGACAUCCCUGACGCUAUUGCCGGUCUUCAGCCCGACAUGGACCCGCGUCUUCGAGAGGUUCUCGAGGCCCUUGAUGACGACGCUUACGUCGAGGAAGACGACGACAUUUUCCAGGAGCUGGCCAAGGACGGACGGGAGAUUUCUCAGUACGAGUUUGAGGAUCAGUUCGGCGAGGAAGACGAUGGCUGGGAGUCGGACCACACGGCCAAGCCGAACAAGGAGUACAAUGACGAUGCUGCACCUGAGCUCGUCACCAUAGAUGGCGCAGAGCCUACGGCGGCUGAUCAGAACGAGGACUGGCUGGAAGAUUUCAAGCAGUUCAAGAAGGACCAGAAGAACCCCGGCGUCAAGCCUCGUGGUGCGGCAGUGGAUCCGUCCGAGGUUCAGUCGUCUAUGUGGACCACGACAACGAUGGGCGGUCGUCGCAAGAAGCGCAAGGGAGCGCUGACCAACCCUUCGUCUUACUCGAUGACUUCGUCAUCCAUGGUCAGGACGGAGCAGUUGACCCUCCUGGACGCCAGGUUUGACAGGAUAGAGGAGGAGUACACGAGCGAGAUGGGCGGAGGGGACGACCUUGGCUCUGUUUCAGCCGUGUCCGCCAUGUCGAGUGUGCAAGGCGAGACUCGUCACGAUUUGGACAAUAUUUUGGACGACUUUUUGGGUAAAUUCACAAAGCCUGGCAAGCGCACGAACAAGAAGGCGCGGCCCCAGACUGGUCUCGAGCAGCUGGACGAGAUCAGGAGGGGUCUGGGACCUGCGCGUCUGCGGCCUCAAGGCUACAGGUAA